AUGCCGUCAAUCUACAGAGACCUUUUGGAGACGGUGGAUAACAACCCAAUGAUCAGGCUUUUGUCUAUUGAGCCAGCCACAAACACAGACGACGACAUAAAAUGUAAACUUGAGGAAGUACUGCUACUAGAAGCACCAGAAUACGAGUCGCUUUCAUACUGUUGGGGCGAGCCCAUAAGAAAGUGUCCCAUCGAAUGUAACGACACAUCCAUCGACAUCACCGAGAAUCUCUCUUCGGCGUUAAGGCACCUAAGGCACACAAAAAAGCACAGAAUCAUAUGGGUUGAUGCAAUAUGUAUCAAUCAGAAUGACUUUGCAGAGAGAUCGAGCCAGGUUUUGGCAAUGCGCGAAAUAUUUCAACAUGCCAGGUCGGUCGUGAUCUGGCUUGGUCCUGCCUCGGCCAACAGCUCUUUGGCGUUUAGGACGCUCAAGCAAUGCCAAACUGCGAUCCCCGAGGUAAUGAAAAGAUUUGCCGAGGAUCCAUUUAGCAUUGUUCGAUACACCUCAAUGAACAAAUAUUUCCCCCAAAUCGUGGCCUGGAGAGAUUCAGGAGUGCAGAGACCAAGAUACGAUGAUAGACGCCACCAUCUCCAACGGUCCCAACGGGCGGCUUUGCGCGCGAUCCUCGAGAGACCUUACUGGACGCGAUUAUGGGUGUUACAAGAAAUCUGCUCUGCGCGUGAGCUGAUUGUGAAAUGUGGCAAUGACACAAUGCCAUGGGAUGCAUUCAGAGAUUCCUUCGUGGUCACCCUGACUAUAGGGGGCCUGCUACAACAUAUUGGACACCCUCCUUGGCUGUGGUGCAGCAUUCGUUUAGCACAACUUCAACAUCACCACCAGGCAACAAACCGAGCAUCGCCGACUGAAUCUCAUGCUUUGAAUGCUCUCGAGUUCAUUGCAGAGAGCCAUCUCAGACAAACCGCUCGGUCUAGUUCAAACAUAAUCCUCUUUUUGGAACUCAGCAGUAACCUGCGGUGCACGUUAGAGCAUGACAAAAUAUAUGGAAUUCUCGGACUGGCACAGCCGCCGUUGCCAAUCACACCAGACUACCAAAUGCCCAUUGAGGAUUGCUUCAAGGCAAUCACUAUCGCAAUACUCCAACAAAGAGGAAAUCUUGACCUGUUCUCGGCUUGUUCUGCCCAAAUGUUUCAGAACAAGAAGACACUGCCAUCAUGGGUCCCAGACUUUAGCCUUGAUCAUCUCCGGUGGUACCUAGAAGAUACUGGCCCGGGGUGCCCUUUCAAGGAGCACUUUACGCUUUCCAUCACGGCGUAUCAUCACUGGCUCUUACCCAAGGUAGUCGGCACCAUGCAGGAUUUCCGCGCAUCGGGACCAGACUCUCGAUCAGAAUUUCGCCUUUUAGAUGGGGACACACUGGAGCUUGUGGGCCAUGUUGUGGAUGAAGUCGCCUACGUCGGACCCGACAUUUGGGGCCUUUUCGAUGCUCAGAACAACGAGUCGAGCCGCCUCUUUGGCCGAGACAAGAGAACGCUCAGCCUACGCGAGCUCCUGAAGCAAUUCCUGCAGCACUUGUUGCGAUCAGGCAAUUUUGCCGGUGCGCUUGUGCAAUGGGAGGACCUCGCCUCUCAAGUACCUGGGAAACCCACGCAUGAGGAGUUGCUCGCUUUGCUCCGGGUGCUUCAGCAAGCUUAUCCGACUCAGGACAUGGAACCACUGCUGCUGGUUUAUAAUGCGGCGUGGCGACGACUGCUGGCUAGUCUCCGUCGCAUUCAACCAUUGAACAAAUUGGGAUCGUGUCGUGGAUUCUUCCAUGUUUAUAAUCUGACGGCUGGACUGAUUUCAUAUGUCUCCUUGAGACUAUCACGGAAUAAGGCCCAUUUCAUCCCAUUUCAUACGCCAAGUAUGUCGAUGCAUAGAAUUGCAAAGACGAAAAAUGGGCUACUCGUAUACGCCUCGGUAUAUACACAAGAGAACGACUGUAUCGUGUUAUUAAAGGGAGGAAAGACUCCUUUUGUCGCUAGGCGGAACGGACACAAGUGGAAGUUGGUCGGCGAUUGCUAUGUUGAUGGUCUUAUGCUUGGUGAGCAAUGGUCGGAAAGCGCAGCGAAGCCCAUGGAGUUUACAUAG